AUGUCGCAGGUGCAGCAUAGCCUCCAUGAGCUGCUACUCCUGCUGCAGGCGAGGUCUCCGUCUCCACAUGCAGCCCUAGUGGUCUCUGCCUUGCUUGUCUGCCCUCUUCUCGUCAUCCUGGUCGUGCGCCUCUUUGGGACGGCCAUCGCAAGAGAGCAGCUGCUGAGCAAGCUGCCAUCUCCCAGCUUCAGGCUGCCGAUCAUCGGCCACCUGCACCUCGUCGGCUCCCUCCCGCACGUCUCCCUCCGCGACCUCGCCGACAAGCACGGCCGCGACGGGCUCAUGCUGCUCCGCCUCGGCGCCGUCCCGACGCUCGUGGUCUCGUCGCCGAGCGCCGCCCAGGCCGUUCUGCGCACGCACGACCACGUCUUCGCGUCCCGGCCCUACUCCCCCGUCACCGAAAUCCUCUUCUACGGCCCCUCGGACGUCGCCUUCUGCCCCUACGGCGAGCACUGGCGCCAUGUCAAGAAGAUCGCCACCACGCACCUCCUUACCAACAGGAAGGUCCGCUCCUACCGCCAUGUGCGCGAGCACGAGGCACUUAUUUACCCUAAGGUUCCUGGUUUGGAUUACCGAGUGAUGUUUGUCAUGGCCAAGAUUUGCAAUGCAGCCUCCAAAUGCACCUCCAUCGACUUGAGUGAUUUGCUCAGUGCCUUCACGAGCGACAUCGUGUGCCAUGUUGUCUCCGGCAAGCUUUUCAGGAAACAAGGCCACGAUAAACUCUUUCGGGAACUCAUCGAUGCCAACGCAUUGCUUAUCGGUGGAUUUAACCUGGAGGACUACUUUCCCAUGUUGGUGAAGCUGGGCAUCAUCAAGAGGAUGGUUUGUGCCAAAGCUAGAAAGAUUAACAAGAUGUGGGAUGACCUUCUCAAUAAUCUCAUCGAUGAGCAUGCAAGCAAGCCGACGUCAGAACAUGACAACGAGGAGAAUGACUUCAUCGAUGUGUUGCUUUCUAUUCAACAUGAGUACAACCUCACGAGAGACCAUAUUAAAGCCCAGAUGGCGAUCAUGUUCGAAGCUGGGACAGAUACAUCAUUUAUAGUACUAGAAUAUGCAAUGAUUCGGCUCGUGCAAAAUCCUCGCCUCAUGGAGAAGCUACAAGAUGAGUUGAGGAGUUCUAUACCAAAGGGAAAAGAAAUGGUUACCGAAGACGAUAUCAAAAAUUUGGCCUAUUUGGAGGCAGUCAUCAAAGAGACACUUCGGCUCCAUAUGCCUGCACCGCUCCUUGUGCCCCACCACUCCAUGGUCGACUGCAACAUAAAAGGCUACAAGAUACCAUCAGGAACGCGCACCAUCAUCAAUAGUUGGGCCCUUGCAAGGGACCCUGGCAGUUGGGAGAAUGCGCAGAAGUUCAUGCCUGAGCGGUUCAUGGAUGGCGGUAGCGCCGCAACUAUGGACUACAAGGGAAAUGAUUUCGCCUACUUGCCAUUUGGCACCGGGCGGCGGAUGUGUCCAGGCUUCAACUUUGGGAUUGCGACCGUUGAAAUCAUGCUAGCAAAUCUAGUGUACCGCUUCAACUGGAAGCUACCAGAAGAGUCGAUGAAAGGCGGCAUCAGUAUGACUGAAUUAUUUGGGGUGACAAUACGCCGGAAGGAGAAGCUCCUUCUUGUCCCUAUAGUGCUAGAAGAUUAA